AUGGAGGGGAGUUUGUUAACAGUGGAGGGCGAAAAGCCCCAGAAGCGGGUGAGGUUCAGAGUGGCUUCAGGAAGCAGUGGUCGAGUUCUGAAAGAGAUGUAUAAAGAUGACGGGCCUUCGGAUUCUUUGGACUCGGACUGUACCAGUACCUCGGAAGCGGAGCGGGCCAGCACACCGUCCACCAGUGGAGAGCCCAAUGGUCAAUUUGCAGUGUACUUGGGCUCGGAGUUAGAUGACAGCGAGAGUGAUCCAGAUGAUUUGCUCCUGUAUGCUGGAGCCAAGGACAAGAGCAGAUUGUUCAACACCAAACGGGUCAACAUCCUGAGCAAGAACGGGACAGUGCGGGGAGUUAAGCACAAAGUCAGCGCUGGUCAAAUAGUAUUUGACAACCUGGCCAAAGUCACUGAGCCUGAGCUGACUCUGGAGUUUGGCCGGAUCGUCAUCUACACCACCAGUUUCCGUGUGGUCAGGACGACGUUCGAACGCUGCGAGCUGGUGCGCAAGAUUUUCCAGAACCACAGAGUGAAAUUCAUGGAGAAGAACAUUGCUCUGGACAGUGAGUAUGGCAAGGAGCUGGAGAUGCGCUGCAGACGGGUAGGAGAGCCACCUUCCCUCCCUGUAGUCUUCAUCGAUGGACACUACCUGGGGGGUGCAGAGAAAAUCCUGAGUAUGAAUGAAUCUGGGGAACUGCAAGAUCUCCUCACCAAAAUUGAGAGGGUACAGCACCCCCACACAUGCCAGACGUGUGGUGGCUUUGCCUUUAUGCCCUGCUCUAUGUGCCAUGGCAGCAAGAUGUCAGUGUUCAGGAACUGCUUCACGGACUCGUUCAAAGCCCUCAAGUGCACUGCAUGCAAUGAGAACGGCCUUCAACCAUGUCCCAGCUGCUCCCACUAAGUGCCUGCACACCUCCAUCAGUAUCCACCCUCCUC